GCUUGGACAGAGUGAACCCGGACGUGAUUUUUUGCGACACCCUCCAAGCGCCGGUGACGAAUCCGGAACAGAUGCCCGUGGAUGUUUACAAGAAGGAACAGGUCAGGGCACUUCUCAGCCCCCAGGCCCAGGACACCAUCGAGCCUUCCCCAGACGUCGUGAUGCAGACAAGCAACCCACGAGCACCAUCCAACCAGCAAGCAAUCUCACCGGGUGCGGUGGCUGUCGGCACUUGGGGAGCACCGCUCCUACCUGGCAUGGAGGGGACGUCUACAGGCUGGUAG